AUUCUGAUUUGACUUAGGGUAGAAUAAUUUUAUUUGUCAAAUUUUCUUUAAACAUAUUCUCAACUGGUAUUGAAAGUGUCAUUGCGAACAUCGCGUUGUGCUAACUACUAUUAUGUUUGUUUGUCACCAGAGCGAGCAGUCGUCGCCGUUUCGCCGCUGGACGACGGGCAGCGGCGCCGGCAGCUCCUACAGGCACCACGACCACAGAAACAUGUACAAUAAGCAAAUAAGCGAGGGUUCGGUGGGGAGCGGUGCCGGUGGUACAGGCGGCGUGGCCCGAUGGUCGCUGGGGCUCGAGCAGCUGCUGGCGGACCCGGCAGGUGCCGCUGCCUUCGCGCACUUCCUGUCCAAGGAGUUCGCUGCCGAAAAUAUCAGGUUCUGGUGGUCGUGCGAGCAGUACACCAACACAGAGGAUGCGAGCAAACGCGCGGCUUUAGCAGAAGAGAUAUGGCAGCGGCAUCUUGAUGAAAAGGCAUCGGAACCAGUGAAUGUAGACGGGACUGCCAGAAGAGCCGUCGCUUUGAGGCUGUGUAACGAGCCCGCCGCCCCGGAUCUAUUCCUCCAGGCGCAGAAGCAGAUCUUCAAUGUGAUGAAGUUCGACAGCUACCCCCGUUUCCUUCGUUCGAGCGUUCACGCGGAAUGCGCGCGCGCCGAUCUGUGCGGCCUGCCGUCGCCUUAUGCACCGCAGAUCGAACAAAAUACGCCUAGUAAGCUAAAAAAAUCUGCCAGCAACGCUUCGGAGCGUCGUCGCAGCGGCGGCGCGUCGCUGUUGCCAUGGAAACUGCGCGCCCCCUCACGCGACCGCGCCACCCCCGCGCCCCCCGCCCCGCCCCCACUCCCAGCCCCCACGCACACUGAUGUGGUGAAAUGCAGUCAAUGGUCGGGUCAAUGCUCUCUUUGUCGCGUGGUUUUGCCCGACGGCGCCACGUCUGUGGUUGGAGUAGAAGAGACCGUCACUGUUCGACAAUUGGUGGACAGGCUGCUGCAGCGAAGGAACUUGAGCUGCGAGACCUAUGAUGUGACGCUGAAGGACGCAGACAAGGUACCCUCGGUGAGCGAACACUCCCCCGAGAAGGGCUCCGCUGGAGGAAGCAGGGGAACAAAGGCUGCGGGCCUCCCCCUUCUGGGGAGGAGAGCCCCACAUAACCACCAUGUGGGUGAAUCGUCCAAUAUAGACGUUAACGCCGCGUCAACCACAAUCGGGGGGAAAGAAGUUAGAGUGGAAAGGCGCGUAGUUUUACGUAUCGAAGUGGGCGGCAGAUGCGUCGCCGUGCGGUGCGGCAGAGCGAGGCGGCUGCGGCACGUGCUGCGGCCGCUCCUGGCGCGAUACCUGCCCGCGCCGCGCCUGCUGGCCGUGGUGGAGCGGGACGCGGACUGCGUGCGGCCCUCAGCUCGCGUGCAGGUAUAUCACUAUCAGCUGCGGCCCCUCCUGGCGCGAUACCUGCCCGCGCCGCGCCUGCUGGCCGUGGUGGAGCGGGACGCGGACUGCGUGCGGCCCUCAGCUCGCGUGCAGGUAUAUCACUAUCAGCUGCGGCCCCUCCUGGCGCGAUACCUGCCCGCGCCGCGCCUGCUGGCCGUGGUGGAGCGGGACGCGGACUGCGUGCGGCCCUCAGCUCGCGUGCAGGUAUAUCACUAUCAGCUGCGGCCCCUCCUGGCGCGAUACCUGCCCGCGCCGCGCCUGCUGGCCGUGGUGGAGCGGGACGCGGACUGCGUGCGGCCCUCAGCUCGCGUGCAGGUAUAUCACUAUCAGCUGCGGCCCCUCCUGGCGCGAUACCUGCCCGCGCCGCGCCUGCUGGCCGUGGUGGAGCGGGACGCGGACUGCGUGCGGCCCUCAGCUCGCGUGCAGGUAUAUCACUAUCAGCUGCGGCCCCUCCUGGCGCGAUACCUGCCCGCGCCGCGCCUGCUGGCCGUGGUGGAGCGGGACGCGGACUGCGUGCGGCCCUCAGCUCGCGUGCAGGUAUAUCACUAUCAGCUGCGGCCCCUCCUGGCGCGAUACCUGCCCGCGCCGCGCCUGCUGGCCGUGGUGGAGCGGGACGCGGACUGCGUGCGGCCCUCAGCUCGCGUGCAGGUAUAUCACUAUCAGCUGCGGCCCCUCCUGGCGCGAUACCUGCCCGCGCCGCGCCUGCUGGCCGUGGUGGAGCGGGACGCGGACUGCGUGCGGCCCUCAGCUCGCGUGCAGGUAUAUCACUAUCAGCUGCGGCCCCUCCUGGCGCGAUACCUGCCCGCGCCGCGCCUGCUGGCCGUGGUGGAGCGGGACGCGGACUGCGUGCGGCCCUCAGCUCGCGUGCAGGUAUAUCACUAUCAGCUGCGGCCCCUCCUGGCGCGAUACCUGCCCGCGCCGCGCCUGCUGGCCGUGGUGGAGCGGGACGCGGACUGCGUGCGGCCCUCAGCUCGCGUGCAGGUAUAUCACUAUCAGCUGCGGCCCCUCCUGGCGCGAUACCUGCCCGCGCCGCGCCUGCUGGCCGUGGUGGAGCGGGACGCGGACUGCGUGCGGCCCUCAGCUCGCGUGCAGGUAUAUCACUAUCAGCUGCGGCCCCUCCUGGCGCGAUACCUGCCCGCGCCGCGCCUGCUGGCCGUGGUGGAGCGGGACGCGGACUGCGUGCGGCCCUCAGCUCGCGUGCAGGUAUAUCACUAUCAGCUGCGGCCCCUCCUGGCGCGAUACCUGCCCGCGCCGCGCCUGCUGGCCGUGGUGGAGCGGGACGCGGACUGCGUGCGGCCCUCAGCUCGCGUGCAGGUAUAUCACUAUCAGCUGCGGCCCCUCCUGGCGCGAUACCUGCCCGCGCCGCGCCUGCUGGCCGUGGUGGAGCGGGACGCGGACUGCGUGCGGCCCUCAGCUCGCGUGCAGGUAUAUCACUAUCAGCUGCGGCCCCUCCUGGCGCGAUACCUGCCCGCGCCGCGCCUGCUGGCCGUGGUGGAGCGGGACGCGGACUGCGUGCGGCCCUCAGCUCGCGUGCAGGUAUAUCACUAUCAGCUGCGGCCCCUCCUGGCGCGAUACCUGCCCGCGCCGCGCCUGCUGGCCGUGGUGGAGCGGGACGCGGACUGCGUGCGGCCCUCAGCUCGCGUGCAGGUAUAUCACUAUCAGCUGCGGCCCCUCCUGGCGCGAUACCUGCCCGCGCCGCGCCUGCUGGCCGUGGUGGAGCGGGACGCGGACUGCGUGCGGCCCUCAGCUCGCGUGCAGGUAUAUCACUAUCAGCUGCGGCCCCUCCUGGCGCGAUACCUGCCCGCGCCGCGCCUGCUGGCCGUGGUGGAGCGGGACGCGGACUGCGUGCGGCCCUCAGCUCGCGUGCAGGUAUAUCACUAUCAGCUGCGGCCCCUCCUGGCGCGAUACCUGCCCGCGCCGCGCCUGCUGGCCGUGGUGGAGCGGGACGCGGACUGCGUGCGGCCCUCAGCUCGCGUGCAGGUAUAUCACUAUCAGCUGCGGCCCCUCCUGGCGCGAUACCUGCCCGCGCCGCGCCUGCUGGCCGUGGUGGAGCGGGACGCGGACUGCGUGCGGCCCUCAGCUCGCGUGCAGGUAUAUCACUAUCAGCUGCGGCCCCUCCUGGCGCGAUACCUGCCCGCGCCGCGCCUGCUGGCCGUGGUGGAGCGGGACGCGGACUGCGUGCGGCCCUCAGCUCGCGUGCAGGUAUAUCACUAUCAGCUGCGGCCCCUCCUGGCGCGAUACCUGCCCGCGCCGCGCCUGCUGGCCGUGGUGGAGCGGGACGCGGACUGCGUGCGGCCCUCAGCUCGCGUGCAGGUAUAUCACUAUCAGCUGCGGCCCCUCCUGGCGCGAUACCUGCCCGCGCCGCGCCUGCUGGCCGUCAUGGAGCGGGACGCGGACUGCGUGCGGCCCUCAGCUCGCGUGCAGGUAUAUCACUAUCAGCUGCGGCCCCUCCUGGCGCGAUACCUGCCCGCGCCGCGCCUGCUGGCCGUGGUGGAGCGGGACGCGGACUGCGUGCGGCCCUCAGCUCGCGUGCAGGUAUAUCACUAUCAGCUGCGGCCCCUCCUGGCGCGAUACCUGCCCGCGCCGCGCCUGCUGGCCGUGGUGGAGCGGGACGCGGACUGCGUGCGGCCCUCAGCUCGCGUGCAGGUAUAUCACUAUCAGCUGCGGCCCCUCCUGGCGCGAUACCUGCCCGCGCCGCGCCUGCUGGCCGUGGUGGAGCGGGACGCGGACUGCGUGCGGCCCUCAGCUCGCGUGCAGGUAUAUCACUAUCAGCUGCGGCCCCUCCUGGCGCGAUACCUGCCCGCGCCGCGCCUGCUGGCCGUGGUGGAGCGGGACGCGGACUGCGUGCGGCCCUCAGCUCGCGUGCAGGUAUAUCACUAUCAGCUGCGGCCCCUCCUGGCGCGAUACCUGCCCGCGCCGCGCCUGCUGGCCGUCAUGGAGCGGGACGCGGACUGCGUGCGGCCCUCAGCUCGCGUGCAGGUAUAUCACUAUCAGCUGCGGCCCCUCCUGGCGCGAUACCUGCCCGCGCCGCGCCUGCUGGCCGUGGUGGAGCGGGACGCGGACUGCGUGCGGCCCUCAGCUCGCGUGCAGGUAUAUCACUAUCAGCUGCGGCCCCUCCUGGCGCGAUACCUGCCCGCGCCGCGCCUGCUGGCCGUGGUGGAGCGGGACGCGGACUGCGUGCGGCCCUCAGCUCGCGUGCAGGUAUAUCACUAUCAGCUGCGGCCCCUCCUGGCGCGAUACCUGCCCGCGCCGCGCCUGCUGGCCGUGGUGGAGCGGGACGCGGACUGCGUGCGGCCCUCAGCUCGCGUGCAGGUAUAUCACUAUCAGCUGCGGCCCCUCCUGGCGCGAUACCUGCCCGCGCCGCGCCUGCUGGCCGUGGUGGAGCGGGACGCGGACUGCGUGCGGCCCUCAGCUCGCGUGCAGGUAUAUCACUAUCAGCUGCGGCCCCUCCUGGCGCGAUACCUGCCCGCGCCGCGCCUGCUGGCCGUCAUGGAGCGGGACGCGGACUGCGUGCGGCCCUCAGCUCGCGUGCAGGAUCUGGAAGGCGUCCGCCUGAAAGUGAUAGAAUUGCCGGACGUUAAGGAAUACAAUUCUAACGGUCAAUUGGUCCCGUGUGUGGCCGUCGUACGAGUGUCCAGAGACAACGAUACGGAAUCACUGCCGGACACUAACCAUAGACUACAGGAUGAUGCUCAGGUAAUUAUAACACAUUAUACAUUACUAGCGACUGCCAGCGACUUCGUACGCGUGGAGUUAGUUAGAAAUAAAGGUUCACUGCUCGUUCCCAGUAGGUGA